CAGCUCAUCUGCGACCCUAAUGAGGACAAGCGCUAUAGAAAAUGGAUGAGGGCAAAAAGAAUUCCGCCGGUUCUGUUCCGGUUCCUCUACCUGCUGAAUAUUAUAUUUGAGUUUUAUAAUGAAUCAAGAGCUUUCCUGCAUAGUUUAGGAGAUUAGCAAUGGAAGAAAAUGUAUAAUUAAAAACAACACCAUACAUUAUGUUUCCUGUGUAACAAAUGAAGUGAAAAAAAUUUAUAAAGUAGUAAAUCAUUUAUGAAGUUAAUUUUCAGUCCCCUUAUUAAGUUAAAUAAAUCAACUUGAUAAUACUGGUAGUUGUUCACUUAUUGGUACCGCUUUGGGAAGGCUGUCACAAGAAUAUUAAUAUUAUUAUUAGUACCAAAGCUGCACAUACAGUAUGACAGUGUUAACAUGAAUGUAAAUGCUUCAGCCAACCUUUUUAUCAAACCUAACCAUCUCUUUUUAAUACCUAGCCCCUGGACUGAGAAAUGCAAAUGAGGUUCCUCUGUCUGCAGUUAUAUGUUUGGAAACUACAAAACGCUGCCUCACCGUGUCUCACUGCUUUUUCAUUCUAAGUGAUUGUUAUUUUAUUGAUUUCUGGUCCAAGUGCCCAUUUCUGGCCAAUAAGCAAGGUGAUUUACUUAAGGGACAAUUUUAAUUCUCUAUGACACACUGUUCCACCCAAAGGGCUCCAAAGUGGCUCUGCAUUGGUGUUAAGCUAAUGAGUAUGUCACGUCUUGCAAUUAAGCCAGCAGAUUUAUACAGUCACAUGUCCUAUCCACUGUAAUAGAAAAAAAGACAGUUUGAGCAAGUGAGUUUGAAUGGCCUUUUGGUGAUUGUGCAGCUUGAGCCUUAAGAUUUUAGGAUUUUCAAGCCUAAACGUCAGAUCCUAAAGCUUUUACUUUUUGAAGUCAGAGAAAAUUACCAUAAUGUGAGCUUGUUGUUUAAAUAUAUCCAUAUAAAAACUGUUUUUUUAAUAUGCACGAUUUAACCUGUUUAUAUUUGUGCUGUGUUUGUGAGUUGAAACUCUGAUGACAGUGGAAGUGGUGCAUGUCCAAACACACAAUACAGAUAAAUGUAUUAAGACAGGACGCAGCCAACGGAUUCUGUGAACCCGCUUUCCACCACUCCUUCGUCUUCGACCCACAGUAGCUGAAUUUCCACCGGCGCCCUCUAGCUUAAUGGUGCCAGUGGUGGACGUUGUUAACCCGAGCCACAAUCGAUCCGCCUAAAUGGAUAAGUGGAACCCGGUCAAGCACCAGACAACGCCAAUGGUUGCUGCCAAGCCAACAGAGUCCAGUGCCUUGACUGUGACUCCUGCUCCUGUCGCACUCGUCUCUGCAGACAACUCCACCGAGCCAGUCAGCAAGAACGAUGCCUUUGACGAGAUUAAAAACAAGUUUCUGAAUGAAAUCGAUAAGAUCCCACUGCCAUCCUGGGCCAUCGUUGCCAUUGCUGUGGUUGCUGCUUUACUUAUUCUAACGUGCUGCUUCUGCAUCGUCAAGAAAUGUUGUUGCAAGAAGAAGAAGAACAAGAAGGGCAAGAAGGGGAAGGGUGACAUGGGGAUGAAGAACCUCAAAGGAGGAGAGAAACAACAGGAUGAUGAUGACGAGGAAGACGAUGUUGAACCUGGACUUACUGGAGACGAGAAAGAAGAGGAAGUGAAGGAGAAAGAGAAGCUUGGAAAGUUGCAGUACUCAAUUGAUUACGACUUCCAGGAGAACAAGCUAACUGUGGGGAUCCUGCAAGCUGCUGAUCUCCUCUCCAUGGACAGUGGUGGUACCUCUGACCCCUAUGUUAAGGUGUUUGUCCUACCCGACAAGAAGAAGAAGUUUGACACAAAGGUUCACAAGAAAACCCUUAACCCAGUCUUCAAUGAGACUUUUACCUUCAAGAUUCCAUUCCAAGAGAUGGGAGGAAAGACCCUGGUCAUGUCUGUCUAUGAUUUUGAUCGUUUCUCUAAACAUGACGUCAUUGGAGAGAUUAAAACACCCAUGAACACGCUUGACCUGGCAAAGCCAAUUGAGGAGUGGAGAGAUUUAGACAGCGCGGAUCAAGAAGAGCCGGAGAAGCUGGGUGACAUUUGCAUCUCUCUGCGUUACGUCCCCACUGCUGGAAAACUCACAAUCUGCAUUUUGGAGGCCAAGAACCUGAAGAAAAUGGAUGUGGGGGGUCUUUCAGAUCCCUAUGUGAAGAUUAACCUGCUGCAGAACGGGAAGAGGCUGAAGAAGAAGAAGACGACAGUUAAGAAGAACACAUUGAAUCCUUACUACAAUGAGUCGUUCAGCUUUGAGAUUCCUCUUGAGCAAAUGCAGAAAAUACAAGCUGUGAUCACAGUGCUGGAUUACGACAAGAUUGGUAAGAAUGAUGCCAUCGGGAAGAUCUGGGUGGGCAGCAAGUCCACCGGAGCCGGACUGAAACACUGGUCCGACAUGUUGGCCAACCCCCGCCGUCCCAUUGCCCAGUGGCAUCCACUGCAGCCGGAGGAGGAGGUGGAUGGUGCUCUCGCAGCCCUGGCUGCCAAGAAGUAAUCUCCCAUCCCACUCCCACGGUGCCCCCGAACUACCCACACGUUUCCGAUCAGGUCCACAGGUCCCACAUGUCAAUGUACAAUAUAUUCCCGUCCCAAAUGUACAUCCCUCCCAAUCCCCUGCCUCUCCUACCUGCCAUCUUUCAAAAGAUCCAUAGAUGCAAUUCAUCAUGAUGCCAAAUAGAGCUUAAAAGAAGCAUCAUGUUAGAUAAAAUCAUGUCAUUGAAAAAAGACGACAAGGUACAGGAUGGACAGAUACUCCAUCUUUCCUUUAGAUCUAUUUUUGUAUUGGGGUUGUGGUUCUGUUACUGAAAGUACAGCAUCGACUAUGAAGGACAGUUAGAGCGCUAAAUGGGAAUCGGGUAAGAAAGGGGAUAAAACGUCCAUUCAUCUAUAUUGUACCUUUCCCUUUAGUGACACAGUCUGCUUAGGAUAGUGCUUAAUAAUAAAAAUGCUUUAUACUGCCAUAUGAUAGAGGAAUAACACAAGCAGGUCCAUUCCUUGGGUGUAUUGUGCACCACGCUCCACACCUGCCACUUAUCUUACUCGACCAUUCUAUUAUGUUAACGUACAUUCCUAGAAUUGGGUAGCAAGUAGUGGUAGGCACAUAUCCAGUUACCCACAGACACACUGCCUUUUUGAUUAGUUCACCUUUCACCCAUCGUCUCAGGAAUACUGAGAGGAGACGCCACGCCUUUUUUUCUACACGGGUUGUUAUGAUCAAAACACGGUGAGAGAGAAACUAUUUGAUUGCUUUUCAGGAAGGCUGUUCUCCAUGUGGCUCGGUAGAUGGCUUUUCAGUUUCAAAGAUGAGGGAAAAAGUGUGUUUGGUGUACCUUGACUGUGCAAAAUAUCAAUUUAAGAGACUAUCAGAGUGGGGACAACGACCGAGACUUGACUGCUACCACCAAUCACAUGACAUUUACAAGGCGUUGGUUGUCACUGCCUGCCGUCCACCACCUCCCGUCCCAACACCGCUGUAUCUCACUCGUUCAGUGCUACUGCCAUUAGUCAUGGACUCCACAUGAGGGUUUCACCGCUGUACCGUCCAACAGUCAUAAAGGAGACAAGCCUUCCAAGUAUCAAAAUAAGCAAUUUUCAACUACCAGGGACGCCUUCCACUUAGUGUUGUUGUUCUCGUCGUUUCUCACUGUCUUUCUUUUUUUUUUUUUCUUUUUUUUUUAUAUACCCUUGUUUUAUUUAAAACACCUCAAGCACUUUAGCUCAAAAUGUUUCAUCUAAACAUUGUUCAAAACCAGAGCUUUAAUUAUUAGUUUUAGGAAGAAUUAUUCAUGGGAUAUUUGGUGGAGUUGAUUGUGUGCAUAUUCUGCCUCAGAUUUGUGUGUCUUUCAAUUGUUUGGGUGUAACUUGCAAAGAUAAUGUAUGGAACACAGCACUGGUUCACGCGUAUUUCAUACACUGGACCAAACAGCUGAAUUUUAAUUGCACUAACUGGGGUUUUUUUCUGACCGGUAGUAGGCUGUUCUUUGGUUGGAUUAUUUUAUGGGGGGUGAAAUAUUUUGGUUACUUUAAUUCUUGGUUCUGUGUUUGGUUCAGUUUUGUUUUAAAUAAUUCUGGUUUUUGAAUUGAAGACACUUCAUCUCAUGACUACAACAUUGGACACCUGUAUAUCUGCAGCAGUGCUAACAGCAAAAACUACCAGAUGACUGUGCUUUGUCAAUGUGAAUCCAAUGCAAUGUCGAAUCAAUAAUUAUUUUAUUUCUUUAUAACCACCAAGGAUUAAGAAUUCUUCAUCGUUUUCUUUUUUUUUGUGUUGACAACACUAAAGAAAAGGUGACAUGGAAGCAAUCAAGCAACCCGUUGGUGUAAUUUUGCCUAUAUAUAUAUAGUUCAUCCACGUUGAUACUGCAUGUUUAUACAAAAUACUGUACAUAAAAGCAUGUUUUAGAGACGGAGCAAAAAUAUCUCGUGUACUUGAAUGGGUGUCAUUUGUCAUUUUAUUAACACAAUGAAAGCGGUAAAAAAAAAAAAGAGAUCCACUGUAUAUUUUCUAAAUGAAACAAAUGUGUAUUUAUUUUCCAUGAGCGUUAUUGGAGAGAAUGUCAUCCAGAUGUUAUAGUAAUACUACUAAUAAUUACUAGGAACCUUUCCAAGCCUGAAAUUCUUAAGCAAGUGUGUCGUCCAGUACUGUGCGUGAGUUGAUGUAGGAUGAAAAUAUACCCGCAUGCUUGCUAUCUAACUCCUUGUGGUCCCAGUAUUAUAAUUUGCUUUUAUUUUUUAAAAAAAACAACAACAAAAAACAUACUGCCAUACAUAUUGUUUCAGGGUUUAUCUGAAAGCUACUUUGUCUUUAUUUUGAGUAUUUCUUAGUUUUUCAAAAGUUUUUACCUUUAUGGAUUAAGGGUCUCCAAGUCUUCAAACCUAUAUUUUUCCCAAAUAUCCUUCUAAACGUUUACAACUAAGAGAAAAAUUAGGAGCUGCAUUAUAAUGUUUGUGCCAAUGCUGAUCCAGAAUAAAGUCACGUCUGGGUUAUUUCUUCCAACGGGGCCAAAAUAUUGAAUAGUUAUAUUCCAUUCAACACAAAUGACUUGGAGUCCCCUCUUCCCCCUGUGCUUACAUUUUAUUUAUUAAUUGUAUUUAAAUGACCUUAAAACCUCCAUGGCUAUAUGUCUUUAACUGUGUUUAUUAUACAAUAUAUGUAGAGAAGUUAAAUGAUAAAACAAAAGCCAUAAAACUCAAGCACUAACUCUUUAGAGCUCAGCUGAGUCGAUAGAUUUAUUCUAUUUAAAAAAAACAAACGUCAUUUUUCUUGGCCAGAGUUUGUCCUGACAUUCCGUUUCAAGGUCUUUGUUCAUUAGAAGGGCGAGCUCUUACAGAAAUGUGAGCAUCCACAAAUCUUUCUUAGGGGAGAUGUAUGUGUUUUGAUUGAUUGAUUGAUUAUUUUUUUUUUAACUAUGGUAAGCUGACCGUAUUAUUUAUCAGUAUGAUAUCACACUAAGUUCUUUAUAAGCCUUCCAAAAUGAUGUACAGAGAGCAUUUUGCACAUGUGAUAAGUGUAAUAUAUAAACUAAACUGGGUUUAUCUGCUUUUUAGUUAGCAUAGUUUUGAUUAUUACUACUAACAAAAUGGUUUCAAAACCAUUUUUAACAAACUUACUACAGCAGACAUUAUAAAGUUGGUUUGCUUAGCAAAGUGUAUACAAACUAGCUAACGAUGAUUGCUGUUUGUAGCUGGCUGCAGUUGGCUAAUUUAGCUUAAUUUCUACAAAUUGCUGUGGCCCCAUUGUCUGGAGCAAUUUUACCUCUUAAUACACGAGCAGGAAAGGGUUACCUUCUCCCAUAUUUAGCUCAUGCUGCUAUUGUAGCUACAAAUACAACCGUUUUUAAGAGGUUAACUUGGCAUAGUUAGAGCAAAAACUGCUAAUAUUGCCAACAUUGCAAACACUAGCAAAUGAAUUUUGAAUUUUCUAGUUUUAGCUUGUACUGCUAUGCUGAUGAUCUGAGUAGAUAUGUUUCAGUGUUUUGGAAAGACUGUCAGUCCCUUGCUACGACCACCUGAAUUCGCUGCCUGAUUUUGCAGAGCCAGACUUGUUUACGCAGCAAAAUGUGAGAUGACGAAACAAAAGUGUCUGCAAAUACAAGCACAUUGAUGAGAUUUUUUACUCUCUGCAAUUGUCACGAUUGAUGAGGCUCUUUGCGGAUACAGAAGGGAUUGUGUUUGUUGAAUAACAACCUUCCUUAGCAACCAUGGCCAGACUUCAUUGUUCAUCCCUAAUCUGAUGUUAAUGUGCAUUUUUAUUCAAAUGUUGGUCACUACCUUUGGUUGGAGCAGACUAUGUGCACAACUGGUUUUCAGAUUUGAAUUCUGGGAUUUAAAAAGGGAAGCCAUCCACCACUUCUGAACAUGCACAUUCAACUCUCAUUACUCACUUUUUUUUUUAGCCAUGCUAUUCUUGAGCAAAAUGUGCAAUCGCUUAUUUUCCUACUGUGAUGUAUUCUUCAGAUGUAGAACGUUUGUGUUCAUUUGUCUACCUGAAUGUUGCCUUCAUAUUUGUGUCUUUGUCCUCUUCCUGUGUAAAUCAUCAGUCAUUCUCCUGAAGAAGCGGGCGCACGGAGUUCUUCCUCAAAUUCUGCUUUUGCUGUGUGUAAAGAAUGCUGGCCUUCAUGUUUACAACAUGGACAUAGUGUAUACUGCCAAAUUCCCGUACCUGACCUCUUUUUGAACGUUUGCAACUCUCAUUCCAGAUGUUUUCGUUUUUUUACUUUCUCUUCUUCAUCCUCUUUGAAAGCAUUGGAUUGGAGGACGGUCAGGUUGUGUCCUCUAGCUGUGUUUCUUCGUGUCUUGUGUCGUGGUGCGCGUGUUCAUGUCAGUACUUGUGCCUACUGUGGAUCGCAUGCUUUAGCCCCUGACUGGACACAAACAUUGCUCACAAACUCCUCUUGACCCUUAUGUGGAAAAAUGUCGGGGAUCCUUAUAACAUUACCAAGGGAGCCAAAUAACUUAUGACAAAUUUAUCAUAUGUGGUACCAGUUCUGUAAAAAAAAAAAACAACAAAAAAAACAAAUAGGAAAUAAAGAACUUUUAAUUACAAA